UCCAACUACAACAUCGGCCGCUCUGCUUCACUGCAUGCUCUGCCGCUGCCUCCUUUGUGUUGUGUUGGUUUGCGUGCUCUCUCUCUCUCUCUCUAUUUUGCCUCGUUUCUCCCGUCGACAUCUCCUUCUCGCUUCAGAUCUCUGCUUUGUUCCCAUCUGCUGAGAGAUCAGGCGUCGGAGGGAGCUAUGUGCGAAUGUGAGGGACAGAAGUGCAGCACCAACCGAGUCCGUCACCUGCGCUUUCCUUCGAAGCCCAUCGGCCUCUCAUUCUCUCUCCUACUCGCUUGAUCGUUAUUCUGCUCUUCUGAGCUUCAGAAGAUGCAGAGACCAUUCCCUCUCCCUCAAGAGGAUUUCUCCUUGAAGGAGACUGCUCCCCGCCUAGGUGGAGGAGGACUUAGCGGUGGUGACAAGCUCACCAACACCUAUGACCUCGUUGAGCAAAUGCAGUACCUCUACGUGCGCGUCGUGAAAGCCAAGGAUCUGCCAGCUAAGGAUGUCACUGGGAGUUGUGAUCCUUAUGUAGAGGUAAAGCUCGGUAAUUACAAAGGUACGACUCGUCAUUUUGAGAAGAAGAGUAACCCUGAAUGGAACCAAGUGUUUUCCUUUUCCAAAGAGCGAAUCCAAGCUUCUGUGGUCGAGGUUUUUGUCAAGGACAAGGACUUAGUAAAAGAUGAUUUUAUCGGAAUGGUUUUGUUUGAUCUUAAUGAUGUUCCUAAAAGAGUUCCACCUGAUAGCUCAUUGGCACCACAGUGGUAUCGCUUGGCAGAUCGCAAAGGGGAGAAGGUGAAGGGAGAACUGAUGCUGGCUGUUUGGAUGGGUACACAAGCAGAUGAGGCAUUCCCAGAAGCUUGGCACUCUGAUGCUGCAACAGUUCCCGGUGAUGGCCUUGCCAGUAUUAGGUCUAAGGUAUACCUUUCCCCCAAGCUUUGGUAUCUGAGAGUUAAUGUCAUUGAGGCCCAAGAUCUGCUUCUCAUACCUAAACCAGGUUUCCCUGAUGUCUUUGUUAAAGUUAACCUUGGCGGUCAAAUUCUAAGGACAAGGUUUUCGUCAAGCAGGUCCGCCAAUCCUUUGUGGAAUGAAGAUUUGAUGCUUGUUGCGGCAGAACCUUUUGAGGAACAUUUAAUCUUAAGUGUGGAAGAACGAAUUGGACCAAACAAAGAUGAGGUGCUAGGGAAGGUCGUUGUUCCUCUACAGAAUGUUGAGAGGAGAUUGGACUGUCGUGUUGUAAGUUCAAGGUGGUACCAUCUCGAAAAGCAUGUGGCUGUUGAUGGGGAGCAGAAGAAGGAAGUGAAAUUUGCGAGUCGCAUCCAUCUGAGGGUAAGUUUGGAUGGGGGUUACCAUGUUUUGGAUGAAUCCACACAUUAUAGCAGUGAUCUUAGGCCUACGGCAAAACAGUUGUGGAAACCAAGCAUUGGUAUUCUAGAGCUCGGCAUAUUAACUGCUCAGGCAUUAUUGACAAUGAAGACUAAGGAUGGGCGUGGCACCACUGAUGCUUAUUGUGUUGCUAAGUAUGGGCAUAAAUGGGUUCGGACAAGAACAAUCAUUGAUAGCUCCAAUCCCAAAUGGAAUGAACAAUACACUUGGGAAGUUUUUGACCCUUGUACUGUUAUAACGAUCGGCGUGUUUGAUAACUGUCACUUACAGGGUGGAGAGAAGGCUAACGGUGCUACUGAUAACAGAAUUGGCAAAGUUCGUAUUCGACUUUCUACUCUCGAGACUGAUAAAGUGUACACGCACUCUUAUCCUCUGUUGGUUUUGCAUACAUCAGGAGUUAAAAAGAUGGGGGAAGUUCAGUUGGCUGUUCGGUUCUCCUCUUCCUCUUUGCUUAAUAUGCUGCAUACUUAUUCCAGGCCAUUACUGCCGAAGAUGCAUUACCUCCAUCCUCUGACUGUUAGCCAGCUUGAUUAUUUGAGGCAUCAAUCCACUCAGAUAGUCUCAAUGAGGUUGAGUCGGGCAGAGCCACCGCUGAGGAAGGAGGUGGUGGAAUACAUGCUGGAUGUAGGUUUCCAUAUGUGGAGCAUGAGAAGGAGCAAAGCCAAUUUCUAUAGACUCAUGUGUGUUUUCAGUGGUUUGAUUUCUACAGGAAAAUGGUUAGGCCAAAUUUGCCUUUGGAAGAACCCUAUCACAACUGUACUCUUCCAUGUUCUCUAUGCGAUACUGGUUCUGUACCCAGAAUUGAUACUUCCAACGAUGUUCCUGUACUUGUUCUUGAUUGGAGUAUGGUACUACCGAUGGCGGCCGAGGAAACCUCCUCACAUGGAUACUCGACUAUCUCAUGCAGACACAGCCCAUCCAGAUGAGUUGGAUGAGGAAUUUGACAGGUUUCCUUCAACGAGACCGCCUGAUGUCAUAAGGGCGAGGUAUGAUCGACUAAGGAGUGUUGCAGGAAGGGUGCAAACUGUGGUUGGAGACCUGGCUACACAAGGAGAGAGGUUUCAGUCUCUGUUAAGCUGGAGAGAUCCUAGAGCAACUGCCCUAUUUUUGAUCUUUUGCCUUGCAGCUGCCAUAGUUCUCUAUGUUACGCCCUUCCAAGUCAUCGCCCUCCUAACUGGAUUUUACAUGCUGAGACACCCGAGGUUCAGGUAUAAGCUACCAUCAGUGCCGCUCAACUUCUUCAGGAGGUUGCCAGCUAGGACAGAUAGCUUGCUUUGAGAAAUCCAUGCUUGUUUAUGCUGCGGUAGUAAAAACUAUCUAGAUUUGAAGUCUUUUUUUAGCAUAUCAGUGUUGUGGUAAAUGGUGAACUUGUAUUCGAACUUAAUCUGCCCUUUGUAUUCUGCAAUUUCCAGUUACUCUUUCGAUAUCUAGCUGUUGCUUGGACUUGUUCAUGGUCAAGUGCACUAAGUUCCUAAAAUCAAGUAUUGUUUUAGCCA